AAAGGCCACGCAUGCGUACUUGUCUUGGACUAAUCACCCGUUGCUUAUUAGUGAAGUAAUACAGUUAAUGAAUGAUGUUAACUUAUUAGAUUGUUAAAAUGGAUUUUCGUUGUAGAUUUUGUUUAAUAUUCGUGUUGUUUAUUAAUUGCUGUGAUUCAAUUCGUCAUGGACAAAACCUGAUCUGGGCCCAGACUCCCACGAAGAGAUUUUCUGUGUCGAGGCUGGUGGGAAUCGAAGGUGAUCCAGCUGAAUGGGUAACGACGGGUACAGUCAAGGUUCACCACAUCAGUGCUCCACAUUCUGGCUGGGAAUUUAAGGCACUUGCCUACCAGUAUUCAACACAAACGCUUUAUUGGAGUGAAUCUAUGAAUAAACAUAUUCAGAGUUUAGUUUUAAACGGAUCCACAGACACUAAUAAAAUGGUGUCCGGCGUAUCACCGGAUGUUGAAGGACUAGCAGUGGAUUGGAUAUCUAAUAAUCUGUAUUGGACCGACUCUUUAUUUAAUUGGAUUAAAAUGGCUCCAUUAAAAAGCAAUGUCUCAUCGUAUAAAAUAAUUGUUCAAGACGGUUUGGAUAAUCCACACGGAAUAGCUGUUCACCCACACAAAGGAUACCUUAUAUGGACAGAUUGGGGUGAAAGACCAAGAAUUGAACUUGCUGAUCUUUUAGGUCAGAAUCGAAGAAUUUUGGUAGAUACUGAUAUUUAUCAUCCGCGUGGCGUUGUAAUCGAUUACAAAGAAAAUCGAUUAUUUUGGGUGGAUAGUAAAAAAGAUACUAUAGAGUCAGUUGCAUUUAAUGGUAUGGAUAGAAAAACAAUUGUGACACAAGAUGGUAGCAAUUUCUAUGCUAUUGCCCAGUACGAUAAAUACGUAUUUGUUACAGAACAAAGUAAAGGUCAUCUGAAAAUAUUUGAUAAAAAUACUGGCAAUAAUUACAUUAGUUAUAAACUAACUUAUAUACCGUAUGCUAUUAUAAUGUAUGACGAAGGUUCACAAGUAGGUGAUUCCAGUGAAUGUGACGAAUUUGCUUGUGAUCAGAUUUGUAUAAAUGAUCCUAUUGCUGGGCCUAGUUGUUUAUGUGGUGAUGGAUUCAGUACAACCGAUGAAGGCAAAACUUGUGAUGCUGAAAUGAAGUUUAGUAUGCCCAGUCACGUCUAUGCAAUUAGUGAUGCAAUUUGUCAGUACCCAGCAAACUUAGCUUACAUUUCUUUAACAAAUGUAACUUUGGAUAAUCAAUGCUAUUUAGACGAUAGACGGGGUUACUUAGCUCUGACAUUCGACGCAAGAAAUCAUAACCUAUAUUUUUCUGCCAAUAACACAAAAACAAUCAGUCGAGUGCGUUUGGAACUCGGGUCAAAUGCAACCACAAUUAUCGGAGGAACGGGUGUUGUUAGAGGAUUAACUUUAGACUGGAUAGCUGGUAAUUUAUUUUGGACAGACAGCACAUUUAAAGUUAUUAAAGUUGCUAGAAAAGAUGGCACUUUUCAAAAGAUAGUUAUAUCAACCAACCUUAACAGUCCAUUAGGAAUAGCAGUACAUCCUAAAAGAGGGCAGAUUUAUUGGACGGAUACUGGACCUACUCCAAAAGUAGAGAAAUCUUUUAUGGAUGGAUCAAAUAGAACCCUUAUUAUGGACUCAAAAAAUUUAGGUUCACCCAAUCACAUAUUUAUUGAUUUUAUAAAAGACAGAUUGUAUUGGUCGGAUUCUGUUUUGAAUCAUGUCCGUUGUUAUGAUUUAAUAACAGGUCGAAUCACGGUUUUCUUUUCUUUAGAAAAGAGUAAAUUUUAUGGUAUAAGUAUAUUUAAGGAUUUCUUAUUAUGGACCGAUACAGACAGCAUGAAUGGUCUUCAUGUAGCCAGAAUUGAUCAGAAAAAGAAAAUAAGAGGGAUAAUUCAUCCCGCUGAUGGUAUAGCUGCUGAUCUGAUCACUUAUGACGAACAAAAUCAACCAUUAUUUAAUGAAAAUACAACUGAUACAUCUCCGUGUCAGUUUGAAAGUAAUGAAUGUCAACAGCUGUGUCUAAGAGGACCUAAUAUGACUUACUACUGUGAAUGUGGUCUGGGCUAUUCUUUAGAUGAUAAUAUGAAAACAUGCUCAUCAACUGUUAUCAGGGAUAAUUUUCUUAUAGUAACGGAUUCAUAUCAGAAACAGAUAUAUCAGAUUGGUACUACUAAUGGCGUAGUCCAUGCUAUUGAUAUGACCAUUAGACAUCAACCAAUAGCAGUCGACUUUGAUCCAAUACGUCAUCGAGUUUACUGGAGUGACAACAAAGCCAGAAUAAUAAAAGGCGCCAAUUUGGACGGGAGAGUUUCAGACUUGGUAGCAGGAUUAUCAGAAAAAUCGGUAGCGGAUGGUUUAGCUGUAGAUUUCAUCAAUAGGUUAUUAUACUAUACAGAUACUGGUCUAGAUACUAUAAAUGUUGUUUCAUUGGAUGAUUAUCAGCAAAAAGUUGUUUUAUUUAGUAAAGAUUUAGAUGAACCUAGAGCUAUUGUUGUUUUACCAAAUGACGGAACUAUGUAUUGGACUGAUUGGGGAUUUCAUCCAAAAAUAGAAACAGCUGAAAUGGAUGGAACUAAAAGAGAGACUUUUCUGCUAUUGGAGGAAGAUUCUUGGCCGAACGGUUUAACUGUCGAUAGAAAAGAGAAAGUACUAUAUUGGGCUGAUGCUAAAUAUAAUAAAAUAGAAUCGGUGUCUAUUAAUGAUCUAACAACGAGAAAGGUUAUACUACAGCAAGAAGAAAAUGCACAUUAUUUUGGUUUAGUUAUAAUGGGGAAAUAUUUAUAUAUAACAGACUGGAAGAAAACAUAUAUCUCUCGUAUUUCUAAAGAUGGCGGAACUCUAGAACAAUUUGGUCCGAAACAAUUUACAAGGCUGUAUGGAAUUUAUGGUUAUAAUUCCUCUGAAGUAGUAAGAGGAAACAGCGUGUGUUUGAAUAAUAACUGUGAACACUUCUGUCUACCAAAACCUAAAGGUUAUCAUGGAUGUAGAUGUCGAACCGGUUUUGUUCUGAAUAAUGAUCAACAAACUUGUACAUUAGAGUCUAAUAUUACAAGUACACCAGCAACAUCCUUUACUCCAUCACCAACAUCAAACUCACCAACCAGAAAAUCGUCAGUCAUCAACACAUCCACCCUGCCAUCAACUACAGCAACAACAACAACAUUUUCACCAUCAACAACAUAUUCUAAAAGGAUUAUCUCUACAUCAACAUCUUUCCCAAAACAAGUGAGUACAGAUGUGAUGCUCAGCACAACAACUAUUUCUGAAAAUAAUGGAUCCACAGUAGGUAAUAGGCCAGUUAAAUCAAUCCAUGUAAAAGGUGGUGGUUUACCAGCUGGAAGUAUCGUUGCUAUAGUUAUAUUUGGAAUUAUAGCAUUAAUUAUAGUAAUAGUAAUUGGUGCUGUAGCGUAUAGAAAGUACUAUAGUUAUAACAUACCACAUGGUCGACUGGUGGAAGACACAAAAGUGAACCAUUUUUAUCGUAUUACCUACCCAGAUAAUAAUAAAGACGAGUUAACAAUUGAUUCUGGUAUUGAGAACCCAACUUUCGAUUGUUUCAAUGAAGAAGAAGAACGGAAUAAAACGACAUUUUGAAUUAUUAAAAAAUGACCAGGUGUAAUGAUGAAAUAGUCCCAGUACGCAUGUGAGCAACUUAUUAAUGAGUGUUGAAAACUGCGUAAACCACGUGUUUGUAAAAAAUGUCGCAGGCUAUGCGAUUGUAAAAAUAUCCCCCAAAAUGUGCUUGUAAAAAUAUCCCAAACAUUCUGCUUGUAGAUUAUCACAAACCAUGUGCUUGUAAAGUAUUAUUUUUGUAAAAUGGAUGUAUCACAAACUGUGAGUUAUUAAAUAUCACAAAACAUGUAUUUGUAAAAUAUCACAAACCACGUGCUUGUAAAUAUCACAAAUGUAAGUAAAUUAUCAUUAUGUGUUUGUAAAAUAUGGACAAUUUGUUUUGUUAAUUCAAAUUUUAAUGGACACAAAGUCAGUAUAGCAAUGGACAUUAUUUUAGCGCCUUUAUGUGCUUGUUCCCCAAUCCCAUACAGAUAUCAUGAAAAAAAACGUGUGUAUAUUAUUUGUAAAUAUUUGAGGGGAACGUGGGAUAAAGCAUAUCCCGGACAAUAUCUAAGACCUUUUAGACUAUAGAUUUGUAUUUUAAUUAAUUUCAACUUUUAAUUUUCUUAGAAAAAUAUAAUUCAUAUAUUUACUAGGAAUACAACCUGUGUUACUUCGUUCACCUUAAAAGGGGUCCCUUUAUAGUAUAGUGGGUAAAAUGGACCUUUGGUCAAUAUUCCGAAAUGGGCUACAACUCAACAGGUGUAUUUGAGGUGUUUUAGCAAGACAUGCACUAAGCCAUAUUACAAAACACGGGGUGAUUUUCUAUUGGGUGCUGACGAACUUAGAUUUAUAUCCCUGAAAAAAACCCCAAAAAACAGUUUAUUAUGUAAAUAAUAUGAUUUUAGUUACUUUCUUUAGAGUACAGUGACAUAUAUAACAGUUUUGAAUUGAAAGAGCAAGUUCUAUAUUAAAAUAACACAUUCAUCAAUUUCUAAAUAUGAUCUAUAUUAUUUAUUAUUGUAACUUUAAAGAACUGAAAUACGUCUUGUUACAUAUAUUUACAUAAAUUCUAAUCUUUAAGGGGUAAUAAAAGACGUACCUAAUUUUCUAUUUUUGUUACUUUAAUCUACUUUCUCAAAUAAUCAGUAUGAACUGGACUCAAUCGUUUAAGUACAUACAUAUAUAACUGGCAGUUUUAUUUACAUAGUUAGCUUGUAAUUAGUAUAGAUUUAGUCGAGAAUCCCGAAGAUCUUGUCUACAUACUAUUAUAAAUGAAAUGAAAUGAGUGGAUAUUUUGCCCUGACAGUUGCACUACAGCCUACUCUUAUUUCGAAUUCAAAUUAUCAUGGGCUCUUUUACGUGCACCAUACAAUCAUACAAUUUACUUUAUUUUCGCUUUUUAUAUGUGAUAUAUUAUUGAUGCUAAAGCUUUCCCGAUCGUUUUAAACAUGUUCAGCAUUUAUGUUUUAUCAAUGUCAGUUAAAUGAUAUGGCUAUUUCUAGGUAUAUUUUGUUAUCAUAAUAAAUCAUAUACUUUAA